UGUCAAUAAAAAUAUAAAUUAAAUAAUUAAAACAAUAACAAUAAAUAUAAUAAUAUAAAUAAUAAAAUAUUGUAGGAAAAAUGACAAUAUUAGAUUAUGCACAGACAUUGUCUGACAAUCCUUAUUUUGGAGCUGGUUUUGGAUUAUUUGGUCUAGGUCUUGGUGCUGCAUUGUUAAGAAGAAGUACUCAAGUUGGAAUGAUGUUGUUCAAACGUCAUUGUAUGAUAACUCUAGAAGUACCAUGUAAAGAUAAAAGUUAUCAAUGGUUAUUACAAUGGAUAACACAUAAAGGUGCUAAAAAAACUCAACACUUAUCUGUUGAAACAAGUUUUGAAAUGAGAGAAACAGGACAUGUCAAGACAAAAUAUGAUUUUAUUCCAAGUAUUGGAACUCAUUUCUUCAGAUACAAAGGUAAUUGGAUAAAAGUUGAAAGAACAAGAGAACAACAAACCUUGGAUUUAUCACAGGGUAUACCUUGGGAAACUGUUCAAUUAACAGCAUUUGGUAGUGAUAGAUCAAUUUAUUUUGAUAUUCUUGAAGAAGCAAGACAAAUGGCACUUAAAGAACAUGAGGGAAAAACAAUAAUGUACACAGCAAUGGGAAGUGAAUGGCGACCAUUUGGUCAUCCUAAAAAAAAAAGACCAAUUGAUUCAGUUGUACUUGAUGAAGGUGUUGGUGAUAAAAUAUUAAAAGAUUGUCGUGAAUUUAUAAAUAAUCCUGGAUGGUACAGUGAUCGAGGAAUUCCAUAUAGACGUGGAUAUUUACUUUAUGGACCACCUGGAUGUGGUAAAUCAUCAUAUAUAACAGCACUCGCUGGUGAACUUGAACGUGGUAUUUGUGUACUUAAUUUAUCUGAAAGAGGUUUAACUGAUGAUAGAUUAAAUCAUUUACUUGCUGUUGCACCACAACAAACAAUAAUUUUACUUGAAGAUGUUGAUGCAGCAUUUAGCAGUCGUGAAGAAACCAAAGAAAUGAAAGCUGCAUAUGAUGGAUUAAAUAGAGUUACAUUUAGUGGUUUAUUAAAUUGUCUUGAUGGUGUUGCAUCAUCAGAAGCACGUAUAUUAUUUAUGACAACAAAUUAUUUAGAAAGAUUAGAUCCAGCACUUGUUAGACCAGGACGAGUUGAUUUAAAAGAAUACAUUGGUUAUUGUAAUAAUAAACAAAUUGAAAAAAUGUUUUUACGAUUUUAUCGUGAUCAAGAUGAUACAACACGUCAAAAUUUAGCUAAACAAUUUGCAAUUGAUGUUAUUAGCCAUGGUAAAAAUGUUAGUCCAGCACAAAUACAAGGAUAUUUUAUGUUUUAUAAAAAUAAUCCAGAACAAGUUAUCAAUAAUGUAUCACAAAUAUGGCAAGUUGAAACAACAUCACAAAAAAAAACAUAAAUAAACAUUAACAAACAUUUGCAGCAAGUGUAUUUGUCACUACUCGUAAAGAUAAAGGUAAAUCUUGAUAUGUCAACUUGGGACGUAUUUUAAUAUCAGCUUGUCUCAUUGAAGAACAAAAUUAUAUAAUAAAUUAAAUAAAAUAAAAAUAAAGAAAAAGCAAUAUUUUUUAUAUAUCA